AUGGCCUCGUGGCAGAAGGGCACCGAUUGCUGCUCCUGGGAGGGGGUCACAUGCCACAUGUCAAAAGAUUACAUGAUCGGGCUCGACCUCAGUUGUAGUUGGCUUCAGGGAGCCCUCCAUUCCAACAGCACUCUCUUCUCGUUCCGAAAUUUUCAGCGACUGAAUCUCGCUAGUAACAACUUCACUGGCUCACAAAUUUCAUUGAGAUUUGGUAUACUUACAGGAUUGGCACAUCUUAAUCUCUCUCAUUCCUCCUUCUCAGGGAUCAUUCCUAUGGAGAUGAUAUCUCAUCACCUUUCCAGCCUAAUUUCACUUGAUCUCUCUAGUUACGACGGUGUAUAUUUGACAAUAGAAGAGGAUCGUAGUUUCAGGAGGUUUGUUAGUAAUGUCACUCAGCUGAGAGAACUUGCUCUCGAUAGAGUAGACAUGUCCAGAGUCUCUCUUACCUCCUUCACGAAUCUCUCUUCCACUCUAAUUUCUUUUAGUCUUGAAGACUGUCUUCUGCAAGGGACAUUCCCAAUUAACAUCUUCCAUCUUCCAAACCUCCGCAUUCUCUCUCUUUCUAGUAAUUCUGAUCUCACGGGCGCUCUCCCCCAAACAAAUUGGAAUAGUAGCCCACUCGUCCGCUUGAUUCUAUCAUAUACAAAGUUCCACGGACCAAUUCCUGAUUCAGUGGGGAAUCUCACAUCCUUGGAAUAUUUGGACCUCUUUGAAACCGAAUUUACUGGGUCGAUACCACCAACACUUGGAAACCUUGACCGCCUCUUUGCCUUGUACCUCGGUGGUAUCAACCUCAAUGGUACCGUUGACUUUGAUAUGUUUGCAAGGCUAAAGAAUCUUGAGUCCUUUUAUCUUUGGUGGAACCUUAACGUAAUGCUUCCAAACAAUGGGAACUGUUCCUUCCCGAGGCUCAAAGGCUUGUCACUGCUUGGCGUCAACUUGACCAAGUUCCCAUAUUUCUUGAGAUCUUCACCUGAGCUAGAAGUGUUGGUCCUUUCUGGAAACAAGAUCAGUGGUCCAAUUCCUGAAUGGGUUGGGAGAGUGUUGAGCAGCACGCUGACGUGCUUGCUUCUCUCUUCUAAUAAUUUCACCGGAGAGAUCCCAUCCUCAAUGUGCCAACUGAGCUCACUAAGAGAUCUAUAUCUCUUAGAUGAUCGACUCAAUGGCACUAUCCCGAGAUGCUUGGGAAAUUUAAGCAAUCUCUCCGGUCCACCGCCGCCAUCUUUAGCAAAUUGUACGAGCUUGGAGGCUUUACACAUCAGUGACAAUGGAAUACAUGACACUUUCCCACACUGGUUGUUGAAUGCGACCCCGGCAUUGGAGUCUCUAGAUUUGCGGUCAAACAUGUUUCAUGGGGUCAUUAAUGAAAUUACCCUCCCUCCGCAGCUUGAAUCCUUAUACCUCUCCAAUAACCAAUUUUCUGGACAGUUGCCGAUAGUCUUCUUCCGAAAUUCAAAUAUUGAGUUGGUUGACUUAGCCAAUAACAAUUUUGACGGCCCACUUCCGAUUCCACCGCCCAAUGUUUGGUUCUAUUCCGUUGCAAACAAUAAGUUUAGUGGAGACAUUCCUCAUCAGCUCUGCAACGCCACUCUGCUAGAAGUGGUGAACCUUUCCAAUAAUAGCUUAACCGGUUCCAUUCCUCACUGUUUCAUAAAGUUAAGUGCAUCAGUGUUGGUCUUCCGAGCAAAUAAGCUUGUUGGUAAGAUACCAGAGAUAUUUUUGUCAGGGAACAACUUGAGGACGAUUCGGUUGAGUCAAAAUCGACUUGAAGGUACUCUGUCGCGAUCUUUGGCGAAUUGCAAGAAUUUGGAAGUUUUGGAUCUCAGUGAAAAUGAGUUGGAGGGUAGCUUCCCUUAUUGGUUGGACACUCUUUCGAAUUUGCAAGUGCUCGACCUGAGAUCCAACAAGCUUCAUGGUCUGAUUAAUAGCUCCAAGAAGAAUAAUCAUCUCUUCCCGAAGUUGAAUAUUUUUGACCUCUUUGACAACAACGUCCAUGGUCAUCUUCCGGUUAAGUACAUUGCCAACUUCAUAGCCAUGAAGGAUGAAUCAAGAAGCAAUUUACAAUACAUUGGAUAA